AUGGCUUCCAAAACUUCGCCAAUCAUUCCAUUCCAUCCAUCGGUGUGUCGUGUUGUACUGUUGUGUUCGCAGUUCACAUCUGUUACAAAACAGACUAACAAAAACGACGGGAAAAUGAUUAGAUUUUGGCAUUUAUUAGGUCUAAUUCUUAUUCUAAAUAUCCCACCGAUUGAAAACGUCGAUCGGAACAACUUUAAAACAUGUGAUCAAAGUGCAUUUUGCCGUCGACAACGUAAAUAUAAACCGGAAACAUCACCCUAUGAAGUUGACCUUAGCUCAAUGGAAACGCUUGCAAAUGGACAUCUACAAUUUACUCUACUCAACACGUUGAAAACGCAUGUCAAAUUUCAAUUAGAUUUGUACACGCUUGAACAGAAUUCACUACGAGUGAAAAUCAAUGAGAUAAAUCCGAUUCGAAAACGUUAUGAAGUGCAAUCUGUAUUGGUCGGCGAACCGAAACUUGUUAAGGUGAACAUUACGAAAUCAGAUGGAAAUCAAAUCGAAGGACGAUUCGAUAAAUCAGCUCGAUUUCUACUCAAUGCAAAACCAUUUCGACUAGAUUUGUUUACUAAUGACAUAUUCGUUAUGAGUGUCAAUUCGAAAAAUAUGUUCAACUUCGAACAUUAUCGAAAGAAGCCCGGAUCUGAUGGAACUCCAGCUGAAGACAACAAGGAAGACAAUGAAGAUGGUAUGUGGGAAGAAACAUUCAAAACACAUCACGAUUCCAAACCGUAUGGUCCAUCGUCGAUUGGUGUUGAUGUUAAUUUUCUAAACUUCGAAAAUGUUUAUGGUAUCCCUGAACAUGCUGAUGCCUUUGCACUUCGCUCAACUCAUGAAACAGAUCCAUAUCGUUUAUUCAAUUUGGAUAUUUUUGAAUAUGAUAUUAACAAUCCUAUGGCUUUGUAUGGCUCAAUUCCUUAUAUGCUUGCUCAUAAUGAACAUGCAACUGUUGGUUUCUUCUGGUUGAAUGCUGCUGAAGGUUGGAUCGAUGUUCAGAACGAUAAAUUGAACACAAAAAGUAACUGGUUAAAAUCUCAGAAUCUUUUUUCGACAAUCACCAGUUUCUUUGGUUCAAAAUCAAACAAUGAGAAUAAUGAAGUACCGGAAGUGACAACACAUUGGAUGUUUGAAUCAGGUAUUUUCGAUGGUUUCUUCUUCUUGGGACCAACACCAAACGAUGUUUUCAAACAAUAUACAACUCUUACGGGAACUGUACCAACACCGCCGCUUUGGGCAAUUGCUUAUCAUCAAUGUCGUUGGAAUUAUAAUGAUGAAGAUGAUGUACGAGGUGUUAACAAUGGUUUUGAACAACAUCAAAUUCCACUUGACGUUAUUUGGCUUGAUAUUGAACAUACGAAUGGCAAACGUUACUUUACAUGGGACACAUCGAAGUUUCCUAAUCCGGAAAAACUACAAGAUGACAUGGCUGUGUACGGAAGGAAAAUGGUUACGAUCAGUGAUCCUCAUAUUAAAAAAGAUGAUGGAUACCAAUUGUAUGCCGAAGCCAAAUCGCUUGGAUAUUUCGUUAAAUCAAAAGAAGGAUCAGACUUCGAAGGAUGGUGUUGGCCAGGUUCAUCGAUGUGGCUCGACUACUUCAAUCCUGAAAUCUACAAAUGGUACUCUCAAAGAUACUCCUACAAUAACUACAAAGGCUCGACAUCAAAUCUUUUCAUUUGGAAUGAUAUGAAUGAACCCUCGGUAUUCAAUGGACCAGAAGUUACAUUCCCGAAGGAUCUUGUACACUUCGGUGGAUGGGAAAAUCGUGAUGUGCAUAAUCUAUAUGGUAUGCUUCAACAUAUGGCAACUUUCGAUGGCCUGUUGGAACGUUCUCAUGGAAAUAUUCGACCAUUUAUUUUAACACGUUCGUUUUUUGCUGGUACGCAGCGAACAUCAGCCGUUUGGACAGGUGACAAUGCUGCUCACUGGAGUCAUUUGAAAAUGGCUGUUCCGAUGUUGCUGAGCUUAUCAGUUACUGGCAUCGGUUUCAUUGGCGCUGAUGUUGGUGGAUUCUUCUUCAAUCCUGAUGCGAAAUUACUCGUUCGAUGGUACCAAGCUGCCGCAUUUCAACCAUUUUAUCGUGAACAUGCCCAUAUCGACACAGCUCGUCGUGAACCUUGGCUAUUCGGUGAUGACAAUACACGGUUAAUUCGACAAGCGAUCGAACAACGUUAUACUUAUCUACCUUUUUGGUAUACCCUAUUUCGUAAACAAGAAAAAGAUGGUGUACCACCAAUGUUGCCACUAUGGGCCAACUUUCCAUCCGAUACAAAUACAUUUAAAACGGAAGAUUCAUUUAUGGUUGGCAAUGGUCUUCUUGUUUAUCCGGUUACGGACGCAGAUGUCAAUCAAGUGACACUCUACUUUCCGGGAAAAAAUUCGGUUUGGUAUGAUAUACGAACAUUUGUUCAACACAAUGGCUCGGAGACCGCUCUUAUCAAUGUUGACAUGGAAUCCAUUCCUGUUUAUCAACGCGGUGGUUCAAUUAUUCCACAACGCUUACGAAAACGACGUGCAUCAAUGCUUGCUAUACAUGAUCCGAUUACUCUGGUUGUUGCGCUCGAUCGAAAUAAUGAAGCUGAAGGUGAAUUCUAUCUGGAUGAUGGUCAAACAUAUAACUAUCGUCAUAAACAUGAAUUUAUUCAUCGUCGUUUCACAUUUAAAAAUAAUGAACUAAAAUCCACAUCUGUCGAUAACUCAGCUAGAUUUGAAACCGACGCUUGGAUUGAACGCAUAGUUAUUCUCGGUUAUCCAAAAAAUCCCGCUCGAGUUACGAUAAAUUCAGGUGACAAACAAGCCAUUCCAUUGCAUAGUUAUCAAGAAACUUCUCAAAUGCUCGUUAUUCGACGACCUGGCCCGUCUGUAACAGCCGACUGGACACUGAUUCUCUCCUAA